AUGGCCGUCAAUUUACUGCAGACCAACAACACUGGCAAAAUAAAUAACAAACGCCUGGCAUUGAUACAAAUUGUGAAAAUCGAUCUGAAUGCCGGAAUCAACACUGAAGCACCCGAUGAUGGUGUCGUAUACUCUCCCGCUUACAUUUCCACUACCAAUACUUGUGUCAUGAAUAGUGGAACAGCAUCACAGGGGAUACAAUUUCAAUUACUAGGUGGUAACAAUGAGAAUAUUGUAGAAUUUACCCCCAGUUCUUCAGUAGACUAUUGUAAAGUUGCCAAAGAUACAUAUGCCAUACAGUUGAAUAAUCAUUCAUAUAUGUUAAAGUUUAAAACACAUAUAGAUUUAUAUGAAUUCACUGUAUUGCUGGAUCGUGCUAAAAAAGGAAAUGAUCUCUCAGUUUUUUCUAAUCGAACUGAUGAAGCAUCAGCUGCACAAUAUUUCCAAUUUUAUGGAUAUCUUUCUCAACAACAAAACAUGUUACAAGACUAUAUACGCACAAGUACCUAUCAAAAAGCAGUGCUUAUCAAUACCAUAGAUUUUCAAGACAAAGUAGUACUAGAUGUAGGCGCUGGAUCAGGAAUAUUAUCAUUUUUUUCUGUCCAAGCUGGUGCUAAAAAAGUUUAUGCUGUGGAAGCAAGUUCAAUGGCUCAACAUGCUCAGACGUUGGUGGAUUCUAAUAAUUUAGGAGACAAGGUUUUUAUUGUUGCUGGUAAAAUUGAAGAAAUCGAUUUACCUGAAAAAGUAGAUGUUAUUAUAUCAGAACCAAUGGGAUAUAUGCUCUACAAUGAACGUAUGCUUGAAACCUAUUUGCAUGCUAAAAAGUGGUUAAAACCUGGAGGGAAAAUGUAUCCUAGUAAAGGGGAUUUGCACAUAGCUCCAUUCACUGAUGAUGCAUUAUUUAUGGAACAAACAAAUAAAGCCAGCUUUUGGGUUCAGUCGUGUUUUCAUGGAGUUGACUUAAGUUCAUUACGAGAUAUGGCUAUGAGAGAAUAUUUCCGACAGCCAAUAGUUGAUACGUUUGAUAUUCGUAUAUGCCUUGCAAAGUCUGUCAAACAUAGCUUAGAUUUUCUCACAGCUACUGAACAACAAUUACACAAAAUUGACAUUCCACUUGAGUAUUAUAUACUUGAAUCUGGAACUAUUCAUGGAUUAGCUUUUUGGUUUGAUGUUGCAUUUCAAGGUAGCAGCCAAACUCUGUGGCUAUCUACUUCACCUACUGAAUCUUUAACUCAUUGGUAUCAAGUCAGGUGCCUUCUAGAAAAGCCUAUUCUUGUUAAAGUUGGUCAAAUCUUAACUGGUAGUGUAUCACUUCAAGCUAAUGUGAGGCAAAGUUAUGAUGUUUUCAUAAAUUUAAUGAUUGACGGACUUCCACAUACAUGUUCUUCCAACAAUUUGGAUCUUAAAAACCCAUACUUUCGGUAUACAGGUCAACCGCCUCAACCUCCUCCCGGUGUCAAUACUAUAUCACCUAGUGAAAGUUAUUGGGCCAACUUGGAUCUCCAAACUUUAAACAUGGUUAAUGGCAUUCCAUUGAAUGGUUAUGCUACAGACAUUUCCAUGGAUAUGCAAACAUCUCCAACUGCAGUUGCCAACAAUUCAAAUCUUAUAAAUUUAGUUACUGUACCUCAACCAAAUAUUCACCCAGGAUCUAUAAGUAGUACUGGAAGACAACGUGUUAGCACAGCUACUUCUACAGCAGGAGCACAACUUAUUGGCGGUGGUAUAUCCCCAACCUUAUUUACUUCCAACCAGAACCAAAAUCAACAACUUUUGUUAGGGGCAGCAACAGCUGCUGCAGGAGGUUCAACCACUGCUAUUGGAAACUAUCCAGUUAACAACAGUUUAAUGAUUGGAGACUAUGUUGCGCCCAGCACUGGUGUUUUAAAUAUUUCAUAUCGUUAA